AUCAGACUUGUAAAUCAACAAAUAAAAUGUAGUGUAAUGACAAAUAGCCCUGGAUAGCAAAUUCAAAAGUCAUUAUGUACUUUUAAUAUCUAGAUGACUGAGGGAAUUGAGGGAUUACACAGACACGUACUUUUAACCAUUAUUAUCACUCAACAAUCUCUGUGCUUUGAAUAUUAGGUUUUCUAUUGUUUUCAUACCUCUUAUGUUUCCUUCUAAGACAACUGAUAAUGUUUCUCCCACGCAAAGGGAAAAACACAAACAAACAAAAAACAUGCUAACUGUCCAGAAACUCCAGUACAGAAUAACAUUCAUAUUGCAGCACUACAAACUUUUAUUCUGGUGUGCAGCUACAACAACAAAGCACUGGGUGUAUAGUGUCCACCAUGAGGAAAAGCCCCCUGGUCACAUCGAUUCAUCCAUCACAUGAGACACAAAAAGGAACUCAAACCAGGGUGGGAUGUUAGCAGAAAAAAUUCCCCCAAAUUUAACCACAAGGAGCCAGAGCUGGACUGAACUGAAUAUACUGCAUGUCUAUGGGCCAUUUGUGAAUUAGGUAAAACUACAUUCAUGUUACACAUGCAGCUCUUGUGAUGUUGGGUUAAUAAGGCACUCACAUGUUAUUGUCUCAAUUACCCUAUGGUGGUCCCGUAGUGUAAAAUUCUUCCCAGUCUUUUUGGAUAAUACAUUGGCAUAAAAAAAAAAUAAAUAAAAAAAUAAAAAAAAAACUCACACUUUGUUGCCCAUUGUACUAUAAUAAACAUUUACUGCUUAAAAUUUUAGUACAGGCAACAAUUGACUUAUUCUCUGAUAUGAUGGCACACUCAUUACUCACGGGCAUUGCGUAAGGGUAGGUGUAAUAACGUCAUAGUGUCAGGCUCCAUGGUUAAGCAACGGUUCAGGUAAACCACAAGUUCGUGAUGUAUAGUUUCUUCCUGAUGAACGUAAAAAGAUUUGUCUCCACCUAGUGGUUAUACGUACUUCUUAAGAUUUUUUUUUUCUUUUUUAACAGUCUAAAUAAAUAAAUAAAUAAAUACAUACAUACAUAAAUACAUAAAUAAAUAAUAUGCUAGUUUAUUUAUAUUUACAUUUUCCAUCUGAUAAUGAUUAGGCCUAAUUCAGAUACGGUGAAAUUGAAUUCAGUCCAAAAAGAGAUGUGCAUGAAAUUCUGUUGUCUGAAGUGGCUAGUAAGUGUUUUAAUUCUCCCAGUAUUUGGAUCAUUCUCACUGGUUUGCAUGACCUUGCUAGCUGAAUGAAAUUGGACAAACCCAGAGCUGAGUCACAAGUUCAAGAAUGCUGUUUAUCAGGUUUAGGGUGCUUCCCUGACUGGUCCGACACAUACAAAAAACUAAAACGCUGAAAUACAAAUAUAUUUAGUUUCACUCAGACGAGAAACGUUAUUGGACCUCAUUUGAUGUAUUUUAGUUGCUGAGAGUAAAAGGCAACUCAUCCUCCCUGAAAUGUUAAUGAAGACACUUGGGCACCAUGGCUGUCAAUUUGAGUAAGAAUGGCAAUGAGCUGAUGGCAGCUUAUAAAGACGUAUUAGAUGGAAAGUCAGGAACAAACUGGGCGCUGUUUACCUAUGAAGGAAAUAGUAAUGAUAUACGGCUUGCGGAAAAGGGAGAUGGAGGUCUGGAGGAGAUGGUAGAAGAAUUCAACAGUGGAAAGGUCAUGUAUGCCUUUUGUAGAGUCGAAGAUCCUAACUCUGGUUUGCCAAAAUAUGUUCUCAUAAACUGGACAGGAGAAGGAGUGAACAGCUCAAGAAAAGGAAUAUGUGCUAACCACGUCUUAUCUAUGGCCAACUUCCUUAAGGGAGCCCAUGUGACUAUUAAUGCUCGAGAUGACGAUGAUGUGGAACCUAAUGUUAUCCUGGACAAAGUGGCCAAAGCGUCUGGUGCUAGCUUCAACUUUCAUAAACAUAAAGAGACAGGAUAUGUGGAUGUGCCCCGAGGGCCUGUGGGCUCAGUGUAUCGCAAAGUCAACGCAGUAGAGGAAAUACAACAUAUCAACAAAGACGACUUCUGGGUCAAGGCACAGAAAGAUGAGGAAAUCCGGAAGAGAGAGGAGAUCAAAAGAGCAGAGCAGGAGCAACAGCAGCUGGAGAGAGAGAGGAAAGAGAUGGAGGAACGCCAGUCCAGGGAAAGAGAGAGGAGGGCCAAGGAGAGAGCCCAACAAAUCGAACAGGAGAAGAUACAUCAAAAGCAGAGAGAGCAAGAAGAGAGAGAACAGGAACAACAGCGAGAGAAUCUUGAAACAAAGGCAGAAAAGAAAACAGGAAUAAGUCACGCAGCAUCCGUACAGAAAGCCAAUGAAGCAAAAUCUUUAAUUUCACAAAGAUCAUUCAAUCCCAGAGAUAUCUUUAAGCAGCGAGAGCAGAGCUUUGAUGGCAACAACUCAAACAGUCCUUCAGCUUCCAGACCCGGUAAACUGCAGAGUCCCUUCUUGUAUCAGAAGAACACUGGGGUUCCAGAGCAGUCACGGUACAAUGCGUUUCCUGCUCCACUAAUCUCUGUGAAUCCUGAACCAGCUCCUUCCCCUAGCCCUCAGUCCCCUCUUUCCCCCAUGUCUCAUGUCAGACCACCCUCACCAGAGCGAGACUACUCACCUACUCAGGGGAUCUCACCAAUCCCCCCAUUGGUCACACAGUCACCAGAUGCAGCUGAGAACGAGGAAGGAGAGUGGUCGGAUGAGUUUGAUGACGAGGUUGAAGAGUCUUCUCCAGAUCGUCAUGACUUGUAUAAGGAAUCAGUGAAAGCUGGAACAGAGCAAGAUUUAUAUGAAAAUAUACAAUAUACAUCACAGGCUGAUGAGAACCAUGUGGCUGCUAGUGGACAGGGAAUUACUGCCAGAGCUAUCUAUGAUUACCAAGCUGCCGAUGACACAGAAAUAACCUUUGACCCCGAUGAUAUUAUAACAGGAAUUGACAUGAUUGAUGAUGGCUGGUGGAGAGGUUUUGGACCUGAUGGCCACUAUGGAAUGUUCCCCUCUAAUUAUGUAGAGCUUCAAUAACUUCAGCAAUGUAUUUUUUCUCAUCUAAUGUUUGCAUUUUGAGGAUUUUGAACAUAUGGAUAAAACUUUAUUACAACCUAUUACCAGUGAAAUGACGAAAUAACUUUCAAAUUUGUUACAAAAAUAAAAAAUUAAGGCAAA